GUCUCGAGUGAAAACCAUGACUCUCUUCUUGAACGAAAACAACCGAUCCGUAUUUCCAGAUAUGUAAUUCUUAAAGUUGUCAAAAGAUUGUCAUGAAUUCAUCACAAACUUUUUCUUUGUAUCAAACUGUUUCUUCUCCAUUCCAACGCUAUUUCUUUUGAGUACUAUAUCGUUUUGUGAUCAUCUUAUUAUGCGAAAGCAUUAACUAUAUUUAAAAAUAUUUUUUACUGUCAGUCUAAGUUUUAUGACCCCUUAUUUGGGUUUUUCCGAAGGUAUGCUAAACUAGGAUUCUUUCGGAUCAACUGUCAAAUUUCUCUAGUGAUUGCUGAAAUGGGCCUACCCAAUGUCCUAAAUAAACAACUGUCUUGUAAGCAAGGAGCUGUACGUGCCGUUCGGUUCAAUGUUGAUGGCAAUUAUUGUCUAACUGCAGGUUCGGAUAAAUCUGUGAAGCUCUGGAAUCCACACAAAUCAGUUUUGCUUCACACAUAUAUGGGUCAUGGCUAUGAAGUACUUGAUGUUCAAGCUUCAUGUGACAGUGCACACAUAGCAUCAGGUGGAAUGGAUAAGUCAGUAUUUUACUGGGAUGUGAGCACAGGUCAAAUUGUGCGAAAGUUUCGAGGACAUGCUGGUUAUGUCAAUGCUGUGAAGUUUAAUGAACAAUCAACUAUUAUACUGUCCGCCUCCAUUGACAACAGUGUAUGUGCAUGGGAUUGCAGAAGUAAAUCACGCGAGCCUGCACAAAUUAUGAGAGAUGCAAAAGAUUCAGUAACAUCUAUUUCAGUUUCUGAUCAUGAAAUUCUUACUGCGUCUUUAGACCACUGUAUUCGAUGCUAUGACUUACGCACUGGGAAACUUCACACUGAUGAUUUGGGCUGCUCCCUCAACUGUGUGACAUUUACAAAAGAUGGGCAGUGCAUAUUAGUAAGUUGUUUGGACAAUACUUUGAGGCUGAUGGACAAAAGUAGUGGUGAAAUUCUUUCAGAGUACGAAGGUCAUAAAAAUGAGAGCUACAGGAUUGAGAGCUGUCUUAAUGAUACUGACACUCACGUGGUAUCUGGAUCUGAAGAUGGAAAGGUUUACUUCUGGGACUUAAUAGAGGGAACUGUUGCUGAGAAGUUGAAUCAUCAAGGCCAUAAAGUUGUACAUUCAAUUUCGUUUCAUCCUACAAAACCAAUUUUACUGACUGCUGCAGAAGCAAAUAUUUAUUUAUGGAAAGAAAAUAAUGAAGAAGAUGAAAAAGAAGAAUAAGGACCUUAGUCAUAAAUGUGUUUGAAAAAUGUCCGAGAGAUGAUGCAUAAAAUUGCAAACUGUAAAGCCAACCAAGUUUUCUACGUCAUACAAUUCUCUCACUGUUUUUUCAA